ACUCAUCCUGAUAGCUUGGCAGAAUAUCGAAAAGUGAUCGAGAAUGGUAUCGCUGCAGUUUCUCGUUUUCGAUCAAAAACACCUGAAUUCUAUCGUAGUCAUGUCCGAUUUGCCACGCUCCGAAAUCAACUUUUCAUUCUCGCUCAACACUAUGAUCUUCAACUGUCAGACACUGGUCCUCUUCUACCUCCUGGUGCUUCAUCCACAGGGGGUAUAGCAUGGCGACUUACAUCAGACUGCUUUUCUGUUGUAAUUUCAGCUAUUCCUGCGGAUGGCUAUAGUCUCCCUCCUGGCACAACCCCUCCUGAGGAUUAUCCAGUCAGUGUUGCUACAGUACACUUCGAGUUCAACCAGGAUAAGCCAACUGAGUGCCGUGUUCUUGCUGAUGAACUUCGAACGCGUAUCUAUUAUUCCCUCUGGAAACACGUUAAGAAUCUUAUUGCCCUAUAUAAUCUUCCAGGUGAAACAGCUCAACGAUGUCGAGCCUAUCUCUGUCUGCAAGCACUAGAACAGGAUCUGAUUGCCUUGACAACGGCAGUUAGUAACCACCUUCCUCAUCCAGCUACUCCAAUGAGUCUGGAGUUGACAGGAGGGAGUUCUAUGAAGGUUGCCAACACUGCUAGUGAUGUUGAGUGCUUGGCACAAUGUGUAAAUGGAUCGGCGGUGGGCCAAGUUGUACCACGCACAGGGGGCUGUUUCUCUUGCCUCACAUACUACAUUUCUCCCGGCCAAAAAGCCGAUGUUAUUGGGCAAAUUCAUUCGCGUCCUCCCACAGGGCUCAAAGAGGGUUCGGAAAGUGGAAUGCUUGAUGGGUAUUGUGCCAGUGUGGGGUUGAGAGCUACUGCAAAUGGGGUUCAAUACUCACUACCCCUGGUGUCUCUUGUCAACUUGACGAAGGAUGCUGAUGGAUAUAAGUAG